AUGGACCGAGUGACUCACGUUAUCGACCCAGACGGCGAAGUUAUAAUAGUUCUACAAAAUCCAAAUGCCCCUUUUGCAGAACUAAGUGAAGCUCUGACCAGCGACAAUCUUGCAUAUAUCCUUCCCGGACCAAGCGAUGAAAUCCAGAACUCGGCGGAAGGGAUAAAAGCUUUGAGAAAUGAGCCGAUUAAAACGCUCAAAAAGGGGAAGAAGAAAAAGAAGAAAGUGUCUAGUUCUGGGCGGCGUGCUGUUCAUCAUCAAGAGUCUGCUCCUGUAGCACCCGCUGCCGAAGCACCCGCUGAAGCACCCGCUGAAGAACCCGUUGACGAACCCGCUGAAGCACCCGCUGAAGAACCCAUUGACGAACCCGUUCACGAACCCGCCGAAGGACCUGCCGGAAUUGGGGUCACUAAACAGUUGGAGGAAAACUGCUUCCGCAUCCAAGUAUCGGCGAAACAUUUGAUCCUCUCCUCCUCAGUUUUCAAGAAAAUACUCACUGGUGGGUGGAAAGAAAGUAUUACAUAUCUACGAAAAGGCUCGGUUGAAAUCACUGCGGAUAGCUGGGAUGUCGACGCGCUCUUAAUUAUGCUUCGCAUUAUACAUUGUCAGUCCCAUCAAAUACCGCGUAAACUGACGCUUGAGAUGCUCGCGAAAGUUGCUGUUUUGGCGGACUACUACGACUGCAGGGAGGCUGUAGUCUUUUUCGCAGAUACAUGGAUUAACGCUCUGGACGAUAUUACUCCCGCAACAUAUUCUAGGGACUUGAUACUUUGGUUAUGGGUUGCCUGGUAUUUCCACCUCCCCGCUAACUUCAAAGAAGCCACCUCAAGUGCCAUGUCUUUAAGUAACGGCUGGAUUGAUAAUCUCGGGCUCCCAAUCCCCGAGGAAAUCAUUAGUAUGGGCGCUUGA